AUGCCUCAACAACCUCAUGAUGCUGACAGGGCAGAGAAGAGUCUCUCCAAAUCAAAACACCUCAAGAAACACCAGCAGAGACCCACAGGGAAGAAAUCUCAUUGCUGCUCUGACUGUGGGAAAGGUUGCAAAUCUUCAUCAGAACUUAAAAUACACCAGAGAACACACACAGGAGAGAAACCUUAUAGCUGUGGUCAAUGUGGGAGGAGUUUUGUUCAAGCUAGCCAUCUGACUCAACACCAGAGAACACACACAGGAGAGAAACCUUAUAGCUGUGAUCAAUGUGGGAGGAGUUUUACUACAUCUAGCAUUCUGACAGUACACCAGAGAACACACACAGGAGAGAAACCUUAUAGCUGUGAUCAAUGUGGGAGGAGUUUUACUACAUCUAGCGGUCUGACAUUACACCAGAGAAAACACACAGGAGAGAAACCUUAUAUCUGUGAUCAAUGUGGGAGGAGUUUUGUUCAAGCUAGCCAUCUGACUCAACACCAGAGAACACACACAGGAGAGAAACCUUAUAUCUGUGAUCAAUGUGGGAGGAGUUUUGUUCAAGCUAGCCAUCUGACUCAACACCAGAGAACACACACAGGAGAGAAACCUUAUAGCUGUGAUCAAUGUGGGAAGAGUUUUCCUACAUCUAGCCAGCUGACUUCACACCAGAGAACACACACAGGAGAGAAGCCUUAUAGCUGUGAUCAAUGUGGGAAGAGUUCUACAUCUAGCCAGCUGACUUCACACCAGAGAACACACACAGGAGAGAAACCUUUUAGCUGUGAUCAAUGUGACAAGAGAUACUCUGAUAAAAGAUCUCUGAUCAAACAUCAGAAAAUACAUACAUGAAGAAGUUGUUUCAUAUCACUGAAAUAAUGUCACAAUGUAAAAUGUUUUAACAUUGUAGUUGGAGUAUUUCA